AUGGUUUCUGUAGGACACGACGAGGAUCUCGAUCCCGCGAACGAAGUCGAUGUGGAGUCUCUGAUCAUGCAAAUCACAUCGGAAGAAGAAGAAGAGGAAAAACGAGCGGCCGACUAUGCACGGCGACCCCUACAGGAGUUGUGGCAGCGGAAACUUGUGAUUAAAAUGAACACGGUCCGGAGUCCUGUAAGCUACCCCUAUCCGAGCAUUCGGGACGAGACAUUCAUAUUGGCCGAGCUCUUCGCAGCUGUGGAGGAGGGCAAUCUGUCGGAGCUCGAAGAUCUAUUCAGCGAGCCGGGGGUCGAUCCCAACAUGAGCAACAAGCAUGGCGAAACUGUGGCCCACAUAGCGGCGGGGGCAGGCAGACUUGACGUGCUCCGGUUCUUGAAGGAUAGAGGCGCGAACUUCGACGUUUCUGAUUCGCACGGCGAUAGCACAAUGUACUGGGCAGCGCGGCAGGGUCACACCGACGCGAUCCAGUAUUUGUGGGAGCAGAAGGCCAGAGUGAACACCCACAACAAGCAGGGGGAAUUUCCGUUGCACGUCGCGGCCCGCUACGGACACAGAGCGGCUGUCAAGCUGCUGUGUUCGCUUGGUGCAAAUAUUAACAACGUCGAUGAGCACGGAGAUACGGCCCUUCAUAUCGCAGCCUGGCACGACUUUCCGGCCAUUAUGCACGUUUUAUGUCAAGCUGGUGCUUUGACCCAUCUGCGAAACAGAGAAGGCGAAACCGCUUUGCACGCCGCGGCCUCCCGGGGCCACACAGAAUCGGUCCGAUGUCUUUUGGAAGCCGGAGCGGAGCUGGAACUGCUCGACAAACACGGCUGCUCGGCUCUUCACCUUGCCCUGCGGCGACAUCAUGUUCCCGUGGCGCUCGUUCUUCUCGAAGCUGGUUGUCCCAGCGAUGAAGUAGAUAAUCACGGAGACGCACCGAUUCACGUUGCUUGCCGAGACGGGCUCCUGACUCUAGUCGAAUCUUUAUGUGCCCUCGGAUGUAAUAUAGAUGUGCCAAACAAGGUGGGUCUCUACCCCAUACACUUAGCAGCAAAGAACGGCCAUGAUGAAAUCAUCAGAUGUCUCCUUCUCGCGGGAUGUGCUGUUGAUACAAAAAACCGUGAUGGAGUUCCGGCCGAAAUCAUAUCAUUAGCCCAAGGACAUACUCAAAUUGGGGAACUCUUAGCCCGCCUGAAGAACGACUCCUUGCGACAGGAUUUCGUCAGCCAAAUGAAAACGAAUAACCAACAGCUAGCCAAAAUAAAGAUAAAAAUCCUCGGUCACUCGGGUUGCGGGAAGUCCACCUUCGUAGAGACGCUGAAGUGCGGCUAUUUCAGUAGCUGGUUCAGAGGGAGUCGGCCGUCGACGACUACCAAACCGAACAACGUGCAGCAACAAGUUUCUGCGGGUCAUGUCCAUCCCGGAGGCAGCGUUGGCAGCAGCAUUAAUAGCAAGUCAAAGAGCAGCUUAGUGUCUGGUGGCAACUCAUCUCGCUCCUCGACCCCGGAGGAUAUGUUAUGCGAGGUAGACUCGGAGAACAACCUGAAAAAUGUGGGUUUAGCAGCUGCCAUGGGAGCUGAGUGGUCUCAGACUCGAAGUAAUCAGCUCGCGAAGGGAUGCUCGGAGACCGACGUCUUCGAAAAUUCAACGGGUCACAGCUAUACGCGCGGAAUCGAAAUCCAUCAGACCGCCUUAUCCGGAGUUGGGGACGUGAGUCUCUGGGACUUCUCUGGCCACGAAGGAUAUCUCCUGACUUUCGACCACUUUAUUGGUAACCCUUAUUGCGUUCAUCUUGUUUGUUCCCGCUUGAUCGACCCGGUCGAUGUUCAAGUGCGGCAGAUCUCAUUUUGGCUGACGUGGCUGAUAGGACAAGCGCCCCCGGUGGAACCGUUGGGCAUGGGAGGGAAAUCGAGUCAAGCACUACAUGUGGCGUAUAUCGCGACCCACGCAGACCAUUACGGCUCUCAGAAAGAUGCUGAAGCUAUAGCUCAACAAGUUUUCGAUCGACUACGAACGAAGUUCCGACACAGCUUCAAUUUGCAUGAUCAGUUCUUCGUUCUCGACGCUCAGUCCGUAUCCGCACCAGCUUUGAAGAACCUCAAAGCUUAUCUCAGCUCCUUGCGCACCUCAAUACUUCAGCAACUGCCACGGUCUACAGGUCUAUUGGAAGCCAUGCUGAGUCAACUAGCCAAAUGGAGGAGCGCCUCGCCGACUUUCCCUGUUCUCACCUGGGAUCAAUUCCGAGACAUGGUUCGACUCCAGAUCAACCCCUUGGUCGGGGAAGAGCAUUUGAAGGAGUUGGUGAUGCAGUUGACCCUUAUCGGAGAGGUCGUGUACAGCCGAUCAGAUACAGAGGACAUGGUAGUGCUGACACCGCAGUGGCUCGGCUCCGAAGUGAUUGGAGACGUUUUGGCGCAUGAGGAGGUUGAAAGAGCGAGGUCGUCCGGCUGCUACUCACCCGAAGCAUUUCAGCAGAUUUUCCCUGAAGUCGAUGCUGUUGAUCUGCUCCAGGUUUUCGAGAAUCUCAAGUUGUGCACUCAAUACGACAAUGCUGGGGAGGUGGAGUACGAGUUCCCAUGUUACUUCCGGCCAUUGGCGGACAGGUCGGAGGAAUCAAUUUGGGAUCUCUUCCGAGCCAGCUCAGAGGUUUCGAGAGAUAAGAAUUAUUUCCAAGUUCACCUGGGCGUUCAUGUGUCGCCCUUCGACAGUCAUCCUAGAAUUCUCUCGAUACUGUUCCCUCGAGUACAGGUGCACUUGCGGCGCAUGGCUCUGCUUUCAGCGGGCCACGGGAGCGAUUUGACGCAGUGGCAUCUCGGCAGCAGGUAUCUACAUGAAGGCCUCGAAGGCGUGGUCUUUCUGGAAGGCUCGAGAGACGCUCUCGAAGUUCAAGUUCGUGGACCGGCAGAGAGCCAUACGAACUGUUUCUACUUCAUGGAGGAACUCCUAGCCGUCAUUGAUGAUGUACUUCUGGAGGUCUGUCCCGGUAUCGCUUUCGUCAGGAAUCUCCUGUCCGUUGAGGAUCUCAGGAGCUCGCCUGAGACAGCCCACGCCUACCCCGCCACACAGGUGAUGAGGGCGAUGCUAGCUGACGGACUGAAGGCGGCGGUGGAGCAUCCUAUCCGAAGAACCAAAGAGCUGGUGACGAAUUUGCUAGGCUGUUCCCGCGUAGGGACCGCUUUCGUGCCGGGUCCGUCCGUUCAUGCGUCGCAACUUUCUGUGCUGACUCGACAGAAGCUUGGUGCGGCCCUUGACCCACCCGAAAAACUCGGUCGCGACUGGUGUUUACUCUCGGUCCAGUUGGGAUGCGCCGACAUACUGCCAAGGUUAGAGAGGAACCGAAUUUCUCCUUCAACGCAAAAUGAUUUCCCUGCGGCGAGUUCCAAACAGUUCUCACCCAUCGCAAAUGUCCUCCAUCAAUGGUCGAGGGUUUCUCAGAGCAGCAUCGGGGCUCUAGCAACGGCUCUAAUCGAACUCGGCCGGGGCGACGCCGCAGACAUCGUUCUAGGAACGUCUCCGUUACUACAGAUCGUUGUUCCUUCGAGUGAGGUCACGGGAGGACCGACUCGGGGUCUCAUCGAUCCGUUGGGGGCUGCUUAUGGGAACUCAAAAGUCAUUCCGGAAAGCCACCCGCAAAAUAGCGGACUGGCAUUUAGUCAAGGAGGAGGAAAGCGAGCGCUGCACUCUUCAACAGGUCUAUCGAGCGCUUCGAGUACGAGCAUGUCGAGAUAGUACAUGUCGGGACCAUAACGUAAUUGAAAGUCGUCCUGGAUUCCGAGAAGGAGCGGAACCAGGAUAGAGACCUUGUGAUUCCUUAUGAAUUUGGGAUGAUAGAAGUGGCGGGGUGCUUAGCUUGAAAUUUUAUUCGGUCGAGCUAAAGGGACUCCAUUGCCCCCGAUCAAGUUGUGGAAAGUCGACGGGUUCAUCCGCUGGAAACAAUCCGUGAGAGCUCUCCUUCUUUGUUACUAAUGUAGAAAGUGAUAGAUCAUUGUUUAGACAAUUCCGAACUAUUCAGCCGUUUGAAAGCCGUUUCAAUUACUUCCGCGAGCUGAGAUUAGGAAUUCUUGACUCAAACUUAACUAGAACCCUGAAGUGCCAUCGAUUAAUGUUUUUUUUGUGAUGGCGCGAGAGAAUCAUCUCAAUAGUA